AUGAUGGUGCGGCUUUUGAUACCUGAAGUCCCUGCGGCAUGGCAGGUACUCUCCUGGGUGAUGCUGCUCUCCCUCCCGGGAAGCCUUGGUCAGACAACCACAUUGAAUACUUCUAUUCAGGACAGUCCCCAUUUUAUGGGAUGGUAUCUGGGAACGACCACCCAAGCCCUAACUGAUGCGGGCACUUGGUCGACCUCCGGACAAUAUGCAGCCGGCUGCACCGCUUCUGUCACCUGUUCCUGGGCCACCGCAUGUAGUGGGAACAUACUUUACUACGAUGUCGACAAUAAAACCCUGGACUGUGGUUCCGAGUCCAUGUCAUGCCAAACCAUGACCAUCUAUCAAUCCGAACCCUACGCUACACCAUCCGCAUACAACCUCUUCUGUGCUGACUUUUGGUCUGCGUACACAAUCUAUCGAGAGCUGCCCGCAACGACGACCUCAGCCACAUCAGCUACCUCAGAAUCCACAGCCAGUGCAACCACCGCACCGAUCACCUCCAUGGCCACACAAACCAGUUCCGCGACCCAAACCUCGACCGCUUCACCGUCUUCAACAUCCACAUCUUCUUCCGGAAAGAGCCAAGCGUGGAUUGCGGGCCCUGUAGUCGGCGCUGUGGUAGGCGUUGGUGCUAUUGCAGCUGCAGUGAUCUUCUUCCUACGCCGCCGGAUAACCCGAAGCCCUCAGGCCAUGGAGUACCAAAGUGUCUCUCCGGGAGCGCGGACGGUUUCCGAGCUGCCGACAGAAAGCCUCACGGGGAUGGUGCACGAAAUGCCCUCUACCUCCACAAGCCGGGUGGGGCCAUACGAGCUGAGUUGA